CGAAGUUUCCAUUUCCCUGUCGCAGUCGAGAACAAGAGUCUUCCCCCGAUCUCGCCGUCGUUUUCGAGUCCUCGAGGCGAGGAACCGGCGGAGAUGGCGGCGAACCUCCUCCUCCUUCUCCUCCGCCUGCUGCUGCUUCCGGCCAUCCUCCCACUCCUCCUCCGUCUCCCGGGCGCCGCCGCCGAGCUCCCCCAGUCGACGACGUGCCCGGCUGGACAAGCCCGCCACGGCUUGGCCUGCGAAUUGCGCGAUUUGAAGCUCGAGGUCGCCCGCCUCGAAUCCAUCCUUGAAGAGAGGACCCAACACCUGGCUGCUAAAAGCCUUCUUCUUGAACAGCAUGAGAAGCUAGUAGAAGAAGUGUCACAUAAGAUCAUUUCCUUGCAGUCGACUCUAUACAAUGCCAAUGAUGACCUGUCAAAUGUGGAUAAAAGGCUUAGAGCUCUAGAGGAAGAGGUACGAGAUCUGUGGGCUGCCUCAAGAAAGAACAACUUUGAUCUUUAUGUCUUGGAAUCUAAAGCAAAGGAAGCUGAGGCUAGACUGGAAGUUACUGCUUCAAAAGUUGAAAAGCUGGCUGACAUCGUUUCAGAGCAGUGGAUUCAAUUUCAGCACCUUGAGCAGGCUCUCCAGAUUACAGAAGUGAGGACUCUAAAUGCUCGAAAGAGAAAAUAUCCAACAAGAUGCACAUUCUUGAAGUUUAUUGACAACAUCACUAGCAAUCAUCUUCAGAUGGUGCGUAGGAUGUUACAUCAAUAUUCAUUUGUCAUAGAACCUACAUCAACUUCCCAUCUCUCCAGGGCUCUGCAUCUCUGCAAGAGUGCCUUCUCGGCUGUGAAGAAGUAUCAUCAUGAGCUGCAAGGCUUUGUCAAGAGAGAGAUGGAAAGAAAUGAGGUCAUGGCACCUCUUGCGAAUAAUGAAGUGGUGUUCUUUGUGGCAUCUGCUAUCGUUAUAUUCCCUAUAAUGGGCAUUUGGGCAUGGUUCUCAUCACUGCUGUAGAGGAAGCUUCCUCUAUUUCUGUUCCGUAUGAAGAGGAUGGUUCCUGCCUUGCUCUUAAUUGUUGAUAUCGGUGGUACAAUAUUGGACAGCUGCAUCGGACCUGUACAUAGCACUGAUACUCAUUUUCAAUCUGCUUCGAUACAUACAUUCUACAGCAGCUUCUUGACAAUGCAAGCAUAAAAAGGUACACACCCUUUUUGAACCUUUUUUGAUUGAGAAAGGCACUUUGUGUUGGUCAAAUAUCUUGUUGGCUUGUAGGGAAAACCCAUUAUAACAUUUUCUGCCGUUUCUUUUGGACUUUUUUUCCUUUAUAACCUUUACCUUUGACCUAAUUUGUAAUGAGUUGAAUCGUUAGUGAUCCCACAAAUCAAUUAUUUGGUUAGUUUUUCA